CAGCAGUUAGUAGCCCUGGUGGACACGUCAAAAUCGGCCAAAUUUGACGUAAAUAUGGAUGGUCAACCAUUGGAGCCUACGCUGUACACAGUCAAAGGAAUGGCCAUCCUUGACAACGAUGGCAACAGGAUAUUAGCAAAGUACUACGACAAAAAUGUGUUUCCAACAUCAAAGGAGCAGAAAACCUUUGAGAAGAAUCUGUUUAGUAAAACACACCGAGCGAAUGCUGAGAUCAUCAUGUUGGAUGGUCUGACUUGCGUCUACAGAAGUAACGUAGAUUUAUUUUUCUACGUUAUGGGCAGCUCCCAUGAAAAUGAAUUGAUCUUAAUGAGUGUCCUGAACUGCCUGUACGACUCAGUUAGUCAGAUCCUCAGGAAGAACGUGGAGAAGAGAACGAUAUUGGAUGGUUUGGACAUAGUAAUGCUAGCGAUGGAUGAAAUUUGCGAUGGCGGUAUAAUUCUUGACGCGGACGCGACGAGUGUGGUGCAGAGGGUAGCAUUGCGAACGGAUGACAUUCCACUUGGGGAACAAACGGUAGCGCAGGUAUUGCAGUCGGCUAAGGAACAACUUAAGUGGUCAUUAUUAAAAUAACUGUUUUCUCUUCAUGUAUGGUUCUUUUGUCAUAUAAAUUAUAAACAGGUAUCCGAUAUAUAUCAUAAAAUAUUGUAUAAUAUAAAACUUUAAUGGAAAUGUUGUAUAUGAAGAAUUUAAACUGCCUGUUUAUUUUUUA